UUUGACAAUUCGCCAACUUGAUACCGUUUGGCAGAUGGUGAUUCCGUGAUGGAUUGAAUAAAAAUAUUGAAUUAUAAACAUAAACUUAUAUUUAUAGGCCUAGAAACGGUUCCUAAGUUACGAAAGCGUCCCUCAAACUUUACAUUUUGUGUUAUUUAUUUAUAAUAAUGGCGUCGAGAGGUAUUAUGGUUACGGGUACAAAUGGUGCAGAUUUUGAACAUAGAGAGAAAAUAGCAGCCCAGUAUCAAAUAAGUGCACUGAACAAGUCCAGACUGAAAUACUGUGUGUUCUUCCACCACAUGCUGUUCCUGGUGAUGCUGGCUAAGCUCUCGGCAGACAUCCUCGACAAACUCGACAUAUUUAUACUGGAGAUUGAGGAGUUGCAGAUACCACAACCCCUCUGGUGGGAGUACCUGUGGGGCCUGUCGCUGGUGCUGUCGUUCCUGGGGUUAUCAGCCAUCAAGCGCAACAACAUCCGCUACAUGCGCCACUACUUGUACGGCAUCACCGCGCUGGGCCUGGGGCCGCUGCUGUACUGCGUCGUGUACUACUGUGGGGACGUGUACAAGUACCUCACCGCCGACGAGGACGAGGACGAAGACGAGAUACAGCUCUGGCAGGGCUAUCCAUACGGCCUGCUGUGGUACGCCUUCGUACUGCUGGCCUCCCAGGUCCACUUCUUCCAGCUCUACUUUGGCUACAACCUGCUGAAGGCGUGGCGAGCGAGGGGCACGUACAGGAAAACGGACUAAACCACACAUAGACAUAAGUUUCCUUUUCCAUUGUUUAUCUGUGGCGAUUCGGGUGAAUUGAAACUUUGUGAUGUUUCUAUUUUUGAGAUAAAUUGAAAAAAAUGUUAAUUGAAUUUAUUUUAGAAAUUCUGCAUUAAUAGUUUAGCUAGUUUUGAGUCUGAAUUUCAUGGUAAUAGGAAUUGGGUGCGUAUGGUUUUUAACUGUAUAAGUAGGUAAGGACAUCUUUUUGGAAAUCAACAUUCUAUCUAUUAAAACAUCUCAUUUCUAUUUAAUUUUUCAUUUCUUCAUUACCCCAAUGCCGUGCAAUGUUGUUGGAUAUAGACAUUUUGAAAGCAAUAGGAUUAAAAUUCCACUGCUUAUUAGGGAGUUAUUGUAUAUUAUAACUUGUAAUUUUUAUUUUUAUUUGAGUUCUCUCUCUAAAUGUUUAACAUUUUGGCUUUCAAUAUAAUUUUCAUUGGAUAUUUGACUAAAAUCAGAUUAGUUACAUGCUAUAUACAAUAAGAGCUUAUAUUUCAUAUAUAUAUCAUUAUAUACGAGUAUUACUACGUUUUUUAUUUAUAACUGCUGAUUUUUUAUUAAUUUUAUUUAUUUUAGAAUUUAAACUUUUUAUUUAUUUUAGAAUUUUAUUUAUUACUAAAAUAGAAAAAUAUUCAAACAAUAUUUUGAACUCUAUCAUAUUACUUUCACUUCACUCGAAUCGCCGCCAAUUUCCCGUUUUCAUGUGUGAAAUAAAAAUCAGUAAGUUUUUUUACUCGAUUUUAUAUUUACUGUUGUCUGAUUACUCGUUCCUUGUCGUUACUUUUUACUGAAUAUUGUUAUGUAAUGUUGUUUUUUCUUUAAAUGUUUUUAUGACAAAUGAUAAACUAUCUACUGUUUUUUUAUAUAAAAGUUAUUUUAAUGCUCGACUGCAAAACUAUUGUUUUUCGUGAUUGCCUAUUAGGCGAAGAGCUGGUCAACAUUUUUGUGUAAGUAUUUUUAACUAAAACUAAAACUUGUCUAGUAAAGUAACUCUCUUAAAGUACCCUAACCCUACCCCGUUACAUAAAGUGUAAUCGGGGGAGGCGAACGGAUGUUGAGAGGGUUAGUGAUGAUAUAAAUAUAUACACUUACGUUUCGCAGUUGUUUGGUACAAAGCAGGCUCGUAUUUUUUACAAACAAUAUAUUUGAGGAGAUAUAUGACAUAGAAUAUUAUUUUUUUACUCUUUAAAUAUUAAAUUUUAAGGUAUAAAUAUUUGAGAUUGCUUUAAUGAUAUUUUUGCAAAAUAAUAAAAACCCACUAGAUGCCAAGUCUUCAGUGUGUGUUAGGGUUAGAAAAAGAGAUACAGGACAAGAUUUCAGCAUGCUUAUAAUACCUACCCAAAAAUGUUGACCAGCUCUCGGACCAUAUAUUGAAGCGAAGGAUUCUAAAAUUGAAUCCUGAUCGUAGCAAGAGAUUCAAUGUACCAGAAGUAAAUAAUUAUGCAGCUUUGAGAAACAUUUUCAUCUUACUAUAUGCGAGGAAAAUACAUAAUACAUAAGAAAAACAACUGAUCUACUUUGUCACUUUCCAAGCUGUUGAAUAAAAUCUAAUUUUGCGCGCCAUUUGCAAAAUACAAAGAGUUUCAAUGAAAAUCUUUAUUGUUUAUCUAUGACAUAUUUGCAUUCACCUUAUGUGUAUAUUUUUACCCGACUGGUCAAGAGGAGGUUAAUGUUUUAAUAUAUGUGCAUUCUUUAACCUUAAUUCAUUUAUAAAUUAGCAUGAUGACAAAUUAAAUGUAUUUUUUGGGUCUUCACAAAGUAAUGUCUGAUUAAAAUGAGCCUUAUUUACUAGGUGUUAAAGCUAAAACAUAACGUGAUUUUAUGUUAUACUUACUCAGAUCUGUCUCGCUGGUUUUCCUUUGUGGUUUUAGAUCAUAAGAGAUCUUCCAGCUGGUUGUUAUUAAGCUAUUCUCAUAAAAAAUAUUUCUGAACUCAAAGUUGGGAAGUUGGUUUUGAUACAUCAAGCCUCAGAGAGCAUCAAUUUAGUGUCUCAAUAAUGUGGUGAUUAAAAUAAACCUUAUUGUACUGAGUUUUAAAGCUUAAAUUCUUCUGCAUCCUGAAUUCAUAGAAAAUUUCCGAUGUAUCUAGUAAAUUAGGUUCACUUUUCUUUGAUCUUGCUGUAAUAGGAGUGAUUCUCUAUCAAUCUCAAUAGAAGGGUAGUGUAGGUACAAAUGUAUUUUACGUAAAGUGGCCUGUCUGUUUUUUAAGUUAUAAUCACUGCCACAUUUUUUUUAAUAUAAAGUGUUGAUGAAAUGUUUUCUUUUAAAAUUUUAAAAGACUUGUUUUGAUAUAAAUAAUAUUAUUUAUUGCUACUUAAAUAUUUUAAACCUGGUUAUGGUUUUACGUCAAGUUGUUUUUAUUUGAAAGGUUUUUUUAUAUAAUUCGUUUAUGCGGUAACAAUAGUUCUUUCAAAUUUGCGUUAUAAAAUUGAUUGUAAAUAUAACAUUUAAGAUGACUGUACUUACAAAAUUAAAAGUUACGAUCAAAGUAUUUAUAAUUCAACACAAUCUCUCUCUAUUUUAGAUAAAUGUUAUAGAGUAAGAGCCUGCGAUGUUUAGAUCUUCGUCAUUUUAUAAUAGCCCAUGCUGCUAUCACGAGUAAGUAUGGUGGGCAAAUAUAAAGUUUGGCAUAUGGUUGCUUUGUGAAGUAUAUUAUACAAAUAAAUUAAUUACCCGCAUUGAAGUUAUAAUACGCCGAUCUGCACAUCUAUUAUAAUGUUAUAUUCGUAUAUUCAUAGAUAUAUUUUAACUGUGUAGUUUGGAUCGUGCCGCGAUGCAAGAACCAGCUCAUGACUAAGGGCUCCGUAUGGGUUCGAAACUAGUCGGGCAUACUCCGACCUAAUAUCACGUGAGUUUUAGCCGUGUUUCAUAAUCAAUUAAUAUCUUUAACUUUGUUUGGCAAAAGUAUGUUUCGUUGGACCAAUUAAGAAAACCUCAAUUGGUCGAGCCGGGGAUCGAACCCAGGACCUCCGUCUUGUAAAUCCACCGCGCAUUCCACUGCGCCGCGGAAGCCGUCAUAAAUCCCACCAUGAUUCGAAUUCAACAGUUGUCUACGGUAUUUGCCUAUGCUAGGAGUGUGAGCUUACAAAACUUUUUAUAAAAUGACGAAAGUCUGGCGAUCACUGUCUCUUGGACUAUUAUAGCUAUUUUAUGAUGACUGUAAGAAAUGAGAUAUCGGGAGAGUAUUUCGGCUAUUUUAAGCAUAUUAUUGAGUGUGUAACGGAAAUAUAUUAUAUUGGUAUCCAAUGUU